AUGUCAGUGCUGUUCUUUCAUAUCAUGAAAUACAAGCGUGGGGACCCGGAGAACCCCAACAACGACCGAUUCAUCCUCUCCAAGAGACUGUCGUUUGUUGAUGUGGCCACUGGAUGGUUUGGCCAGGGACUGGGCGCUGCGUGUGGCAUGGCCUAUACCGGCAAGUACUUUGACAAGGCAAGCUACCGGGUAUUCUGUCUCAUGGGAGAUGGUGAGUCCAAUGAAGGCUCCGUCUGGGAGGCCCUGGCUUUCGCUUCCCACUACAGUCUGGACAAUCUCGUGGCCAUCUUUGAUGUCAACCGCCUGGGCCACAGCAGUGGCGCCAUGCCCCUUGAGAGCUGCAUCGAGGUCUACCAGAAGCGCUGCGAAGCUUUUGGGUGGAAUACUUACGUGGUGGAUGGCCGUGACGUGGAGGCACUGUGCCAGGUGUUCUGGCAAGCAACACAAGUGAAGAACAAGCCCACUGCAGUGGUGGCCAAGACCUUCAAGGGCCGGGGCAUUCCAAGUGUUGAGGAUGCAGAAAAUUGGCAUGGAAAACCAAUGCCAACCGAGAGAGCAGAUGCAAUUAUCAAAUUAAUUGAGAGUCAGAUACAGACCAGUAGGAGUCUUGAGCCAAAGUCUCCUAUUGAAGACUCUCCUCAAAUCAGUAUCAUGGAUAUAGAAAUGAUCUCUCCGCCUGCUUAUGAAAUCGGAGGCAAGAUGGCGACUCGCAAAGCAUGUGGAUUGGCGCUGGUGAAGCUGGGUCAUGCAAAUGAUAGAGUUAUUGUGCUGGAUGGUGACACUAAGAAUUCCACCUUCUCUGAGCUGUUUAAGAAGGAGCACCCUGAGCGCUUCAUCGAGUGCUUCGUUGCUGAGCAAAACAUGGUGAACGUGGCGCUGGGCUGUGCUGCCCGGGAUCGCACCGUGGCUUUUGCUUGCUCCUUCGCUGCCUUUCUGACCCGAGCAUUUGAUCAGAUCCGGACAGGAGCCAUCUUAGGCAGCAACAUCAACCUCAUCGGAUCGCACUGCGGGGCGUCCGUCGGGGAAGACGGCCCCUCCCAGAUGGCCCUGGAGGACCUGGCCAUGUUCCGGACUAUUCCUGACUGCACUAUUUUCUAUCCGAGUGACGCAGUCUCCACCGAGCACGCUGUCUUUCUGGCAGCCAAGACCAAGGGGGUAUGCUUCAUUCGGACCAGUCGACCAGAGACUGAGGUUAUUUACACCCCACAAGAAAGCUUCCAGGUCGGAAAGGCCAAGGUCGUGCGCCAUGGUGUGGACGACCAGGUCACAGUCAUCGGAGCAGGGCUGACUGUCCAUGAAGCCUUAGCAGCUGCCAAGGAGCUCUUCAAGCAAGGUAUUUCUAUCCGUGUCAUCGACCUGUUUACGGUCAAACCCUUGGACGUUGCCACCAUCGUCUCCAGUGCCAGAGCCACGGGCGGCCGGAUCAUCACUGUGGAGGACCACUACCCAGAAGGUGGCAUUGGGGAGGCGGUCUCCACAGCUGUCUCCAUGGAGCCUGACAUCCUGGUCCAUCAGCUGGCAGUGCCCGGAGUGCCUCGGAGUGGAAAGUCAAGUGAGCUGCUGGAUAUGUAUGGGAUCAGUGCCAGACACAUCAUCGUGGCUGUGAGGUGCAUCUUAAUGAACUAAGAUAGCUGUUGGUCGCAGUCUUAAAAGCCUGGCACUUACAUAUAACGCUGCUUGUUGCCAAACCUCUUAAUGCUCUACUGUUAUACUUUUUUGUUAAAAUCUAACUACCUUCCUGUUAACCUUAACUAGGUGUCUAAUUGUAGCUGAGUCAUCAAAGCAGGUGUAGGACCUUAAGUCACAGAAUAGCUAACACAAGAACCACUGGAGGUUUUCUCAUGAGACUACAGAUAAGUAGGCUGGGGAUCAACACUAGGCCCAGAACAUGUGUCCUUGCACAUGAGCAAAGAUGCAGAGUCGAGUUGUGGCAGCAUCCGCCAGGCCACCACCUGCCUGCAGCCUCAAGGGUGUGGUGGGAGUGCAUUGGCCCUGGAAUCGCCUCUGCUGGUUGCGUCAUUUCCUACUGCGGGCAGAGGAUGUGGAGCAACAAAAGCUCUCAGGGUGUCCUGUUCUUGCAGUGACUUCCCUGUGAAGAGGACAUGCUGGUUAAAGUCACACCCAACUCACAUGUGAGGUUCCAGAAGUUUCUCAUUUGCCAAGUGACCAAACCAAAAUGUUAGCUCAGUUAUAUUCAU